AUUGGUUGUGGGGUCCUCAUUUCUUUCAUGUACUGUAGGAAGCAGAACUGGUAGUAACGUGAGCAUACUGGGAGACAAUGGGACGGUCAUCCAAAGACAAGAGGGAUAUUUAUUACCGUCUGGCCAAGGAGGAGGGCUGGAGGGCCAGAAGUGCCUUUAAACUGUUGCAGUUGGAUGAGGAGUUCAAUCUCUUUAAAGGAGUCUGCAGGGCUGUUGAUCUCUGUGCAGCACCAGGGAGCUGGAGCCAAGUGCUGAGCCGCAAACUCCGAGGCGAUGGGGAGAGGAGCGUGGGGGUGAAGAUUGUGGCUGUGGACCUGCAGGCCAUGGCCCCCCUGCCUGGGGUGACUCAGAUCCAGGGAGACAUCACCAAGAUAUCCACAGCCCAGGAGAUUAUCAGGCACUUUGAGGGACAGCCUGCUGACCUUGUGGUGUGUGAUGGUGCCCCCGAUGUGACUGGACUUCACGAUGUGGAUGAAUACAUCCAAGCACAACUGCUGUUGGCUGCUCUUAAUAUUACUACUCAUGUUCUCAAGCCUGGUGGAAACUUUGUGGCGAAGAUUUUCCGAGGCAAGGAUGUGACUCUGCUCUAUUCCCAGCUGAAAAUCUUUUUCUCCACCGUCACGUGUGCCAAACCAAGAAGCAGCCGGAACUCCAGCAUUGAGGCAUUUGUGGUAUGCCAGAACUACUCUCCCCCUGAAGGAUAUGUGCCAAACAUGUCUAACCCUCUGCUGGAUCACUGCUACGAUGUGGACUUCAACCAGGUUGAAGGUCCAAACCGUGUCAUUGUGCCCUUCCUUGCUUGCGGAGACCUGAGUGCUUAUGAUUCAGAUCGAACUUACCCUCUCCAGCUGGAUCCCAGUAAAGAAUAUCACUACCUGCCUCCUACACAGCUGCCAAUCCAGCCUCCCUACCAGCAAGCCUGUCAUCUGCGCAAACACAACCUGUUGGCCAAGGAAGAUGUUUCUUCCACCCCACGGGAAGGAUCCAGCCCUACGCAUGACCUGUCCUCCAGUCAGCUGGAGAGAUCCCCGACACCCCCUUGUACAUCACCAGACUUGGCCAAUCCAGAUCAAGCACAGCAGGGACUGUUGUAAUAACAGAGGGACUCAUUCAGGUUUGUAGAGGACAGUUGAUGUCAGUUUUUAUUUUAUCCUACAAAUCCCUGGAGAAGGCAAUAGGUUUGGGGUGCAUUACCUGUACAGACAUGAAUGGAAGAACAAUAAUGGAAGAAGGACCUGAGGAUAACAGGGCUGUGAUUUUGGGUGGGUAUUUCAGAAUUUGUAUUAAUUGGUUAAAAGCGUCCUUCAGGUGUUUAAGGUAGUCUUUUUAAAGUUAAAAGUGAAGGGUGUUAUUCUAAACAGCGGUAUCAGAUUGGGUUUGUCUUUGAACCAUGGAGAGUACACCAUUUAUAGGCAAUUUUAUCAGACACAGGCAGGACAACACUUUUAAUACAAUGUUUUUGUGACUAAAAAAACAGCUGUUUUAUUCUGUUUAUGUGGAGUUUUUCAGAUACAAGUAUUGCUUUUUAAAAACAAAAGCAUUGGAGUUUAAAGUUAACAUUAACUUCCUUCACUGAAAAAGUUAUUUGAAAUAAUUAGCACCUCACAUUACUGUAACAAUGCAAUGUAAAAAUACAGAAGUAUUUUAAAUCAUUUUUGCAUUCUUUCCAUAGAAACAAGUAAGUUCUUCAUGUGUGAUAUCAUCCAACAAAGGCUUCUGAUAAGAAGCUAAAUACCAUAGACUCAGAUUAGUCUGUGCACAUGAUUUUAUUUGUAAAUUGUUUUCUGUUUUGUUUUUAACUUAUGUAUUCGUUUUAUUUUUGAAUACCAACAAAAUUUAAAUAAAAAAGACGCUAAAACCAUUCAUGUCUUAAUGACUGGCACCUGCAAGUACAGUAUAUGCAAAAGAUUACAGUUUAUUAAGAAGAUUUGAAACAAAAUAAAAGAAGAACCAACAAAUAAUAGAUCUUGGGGGAACUGAACUCAGAACUGUUUGCCUUCAUAGAAAUUCGCCCUCCUUGAGGAAAGCUGGUAUGAAGAAAACCCGGAAAGGCUAGUGUAGCUUUGGUGCAUGCCUUUAUGUGACACAGGUUGCAUGAGUAGGUAGACAGCAAUAGAAUUGCAAAGCUGAGGCCAUGUCAGACAGUAGCAGUAGCCCAUAUAGAUAUCCAUAGAGGAGCCAGUAGGGAUCAAGGCAUUACAUUCUUUGAGUUAUCAGAUGAAUGGACAAUGGCAAAGCUGGAAAUCAUUGGGUGUUUCAUAAAAUGCCAGAGCUGUAUUGCCAGCAUCAUGCUAUUGGCAGGCUUCAUGAAGAUACCCUGGAUCCUGGUGUAGCAGGGGUAGUCUCAAUUAUCGGCUUGGAGCAGUAGUAGAAGGAGAGGAUGGCUGUGCUCACCAUGAUGGAGAACAUUAGGUCACCAUGAGGAGGCAGUAGUUUGUUCAGCAGGCUCAUACACUGUACAUGUCCACAGGUAGCAGGUUAUCUGAUGGGCUCUACUGGACAAACACAAGACUAUGAUCUCCUAAGCUGUCCAGUGGUGUAUUUUAGUUAGGUCUUCAGCAGAAUGUA